GUAAUCCAUCAGGAGUGAAAUGUGAACAGAGUUUUGGACUAUUUUGGAUGAACCGUUAUCCACUUUUCCAUGUAGAUACAGAUGGAUAUUGCUUAUAGCCGAGGACUUCUAGAAACUUGAAUUAGGUUACAACGGGACCAUAUAUAUAGUAUAUUAGUAUAGCAACUUACAGCAAAUAUCUUGGUCAUUAUAUAUACCUUCUUUUUUUCUUCUAAAGAACUACAUCAUAAUAUUUCCCACAGAUUGUUGCUGUUAACAAAUCUCAACAAAUUCCCUAAUCCAUAAUAGUUAAUUUAGUAAAAAUUACUUUCGCACAUUUGGAAGGAGUACUUUCUGGAGCCACAGCAGAAAAUGAGUUCUAUAACUGUUUCUCAUCUCAAUCCACAUGGAAACAUAUAAGAGAGCAAAGAGGAAAAAAGUGAUGGAGCCAGUAUAGUCUGGUUCUCGCAAAGUAUUACUCGAUUCUCUUUCAUCAGUUGGCUAGCGGUCAAAGAUAGGGUGGCAACGGGAUGCGUAUGAAAAGAAAUUUUGAUGCCUUUUUUUUUGUCCUUGCACCUACACUAUGAAAUAGGAGUGGUAGGAAGCCUUUUCGGGAGGACACCCGAUUCAUAUUGGAAAACACUUACCUGGCUAGUGGCUACUACUCACACGUAUGACUUUCUCAAUUUCAUACUUCUGAGAUUAGUAUUUCAGGUGACCAUCUACUACAUCUUGAGAUAAUAUAAUGAUAAGCGUCACAAGCACAUCACUAGAACGGUGAAACAGUUAGCUCGGGAGAUUGGCAAAACGAUAUGGAAUCAUAUUAUGUCAACUAAGUAUUACUCAAAGCCAAUAAUGCUCCUGGGUCUUUUACACAGAUGGUUCGAAGGUUAUGAAAGUGUUACGUAGUCUGGUUUGUUUCUAUCGUUUCAAUUCUUGAAGUAUUCAUUAGUAUGUACCCUUUUUAAAAAAACUUUUGAUCAACAAAUUUAACAUAUCAUAGAAAAAAAUUGUAUCUAUUGAUUUAAUUACAAUACAGUGGAAAACAAGACAGUUCUGAGAAUCUGAGAUAGGAAAUGGAAUGUGAAGAAACAGCUGAUUGAUCGGAUAAAUGAACAGCUUAAAAUAAUUUAAUUUUAAUAAAAAUAAAGAGAUAAAGAAGAAUAAGACAAGGGAGAAGACAUGUGACAUGUUUUAGGAAAGUAGGUGGCCGAAUCUAUCAUUAUAACCAUAUUGUAUGAUUUGAUAAAAAAAAAAAUAUUGUAUGAUUUGAUAAAAAAAAACAUAUUGUAUGAUAAUUGACUUCAGCUAAUUUAUUAAAAGUAUAGAUAUUUAUGCUAUAACUUUAUAUAUCUGUAAUUUAUAUAAAAAUAUCGGAAUCUGGAUACAACUUAUUUCAAUAUGGUGUUAGCAAAUAUAAACUGGGAAAAUUGGAAAAAUGGGACACUUUGAACUUUUAUUUGUCACAAUAGGAUUUCUGAUAUUUUGGACAAUUCUGGACAUAUUUUACCCUUUUUUAAUAGAAAAAAUAGUAAACUGAAUUUUAAAAAUGUUAAAAAAUAUCAAAACUAUUGGAAACAUAAGUAUGACAAUAUAUAUGUUUAAAUUGUUUUUUUUUUUAAAAUGAAUCAUAUUUUAUUUCAUCUUCUAGCUACAGUUAUAAUACUCAUUCUGGUCAUCUACUUAGUCUAGAAUUCGGCUACUAAUGUUUAUACAUAGAUAUAUCUUUGGUAUACAACGUAACCUAUCUUUUCUUAUAUAUUCUAACCAAAGCUAGGUUACGUUACGUUAUAAUCAAGAAAGAUGUCUUUCUUAUACCUUUAGCUUGGUUACGACAUGUAGCCACAAUGCGUUGAUAUACCCUAUCUAUAUUUGGAGCCAUGAUGUGGUCUGCCUUUUACCUUAUGUGGCGCCUAGGGAAGAAUAUGUUUCACAUCUACUCUACUGUGUUCUGACUUACAUAGGUUAUACAUUCUACAGGAAAUCCGAAAAAUAUGGAAACUUCCAUAAUCGGUUAAAGAUGUUUCCUAAAUCUAAACUAAAUCUUCCCUAAAUAUCUCCAAGAAUAUUUUCUCCCACGUUUUUCUCCUUCUCCCACGAUCUUUUGUCGUCGUUCUUUGUGUUUCUCUCUUCUUCAUCGACAUAAUCAUCUCUCUUUUCUCUAUCAAUACAACAUGGUUCUAAUCUAUGUCAAAUCGGGUGAAUGGAUGUGUAGUCGCGGUGAUGACUGGAGUUUCGUGGUAGACAAAGAAAGGCGUGGUCGAAUGGUAACAUUAGCAACUACUACUACGUUGAAGCAGCUCAAGAUAAUGGUGUGUGAGGAUUAUGGGGUGGACCAUAAUGCCAUUAAUGCCGAGUUCAGUUAUUCGUUGUUGAAUCAAAAAGGGAAUCCUCCUAUUAUUAUCACCAAUGAUCGGCAAGCAUCUAAUUUUGUGGGCUAUGCAAAGAGGGAAUCGUCUACUACCUUGUGUGUGAUGUUCUCUGUUUCCGGUGUAAAUCAAAAGGAACGAGUCAAUAUCGAUUUGAAUAAGGAGCCUUGCGAUUCAAGUAAUGUUGAGGAUGAAGAAGUUCCUGAGAUAAAUCGAGCAGAGUUUGUCAAGCCGUCAAAGGAGUCUUUUGUUAAAAGAACGAAUCAUGUCGCUGCAGAUGGUUGCGGUCCUUUAAGGAGUGAAAACAUUGAACUUUUUCAAAACAAUGGAGACAGUGAUAAGGAUGGUCGAGCUUGGAGAGGAGACUUCGUGAAGAAGGAUCAAAUUUUCACAAGUAAAGGGGUUCUGAAGGCAACAAUGGAAAUUUUAGCGAUGAAGAAUAAUUUCGAUUACACUGUUAUCAAAUCCACGAGAAAAUGGUGGUAUAUUCGAUGUAAAGAUGCAUUGUGCAACUGGACUGUGCGUGCAGAAGGAAUAGAUGGGUCUACAUAUUUCAUGAUCAACCAAUGUGAUGGAAGACAUUCAUGUGCUCCUUCAAAGAAAAGGAAAUUCGGAAAAACAGCAUCAGCAAGAACAAUUGGGACUCUGAUACAACAUCGAUUUGAUGAUGCAAACGAUGGCCCAAAACCGAAUGACAUCAUUCAAUUUAUGAGAAUGGAGCAUAGUUGUGAGAUUACUUAUUGGCACGCUUGGGAAGCUCGUGAGUUUGCUAUUGCAGCUGCUAGAGGUAUACCAGAUCGCAGUUACUCUAAAAUACCAGCAUAUCUGCAUAUGAUUAAAGAAGCAAAUCCUGGUACGCAUACUCACUAUGAAACUAAUGAGAAGGGAAGAUUCAUGUAUCUAUUUAUGUCAUUUGGGCAAUCAGUUAGAGGAUUCUACAAUGCAAUGCGAAGGGUGAUUGUUGUUGACGGAACUUUUCUGAAAAAUAAAUACAAAGGGACACUUCUUGUUGCUACUGCUGUAGAUGGUAACUCUAAUUUGUAUCCGAUUGCAUUUGGGGUUGUUGAUUCAGAGAAUGACGAUUCUUGGGGGUGGUUCUUCAGACAGUUGAAAGUGGUUAUUGCUGAUUGUCAAGACCUAGCUUUUGUCUCAGAUAGAAAUGCGUCUAUUUCUAAAGCUAUUGGGACUGUCUACCCUCGAUCAGCACAUGGAAUUUGCAUUCAUCACUUAUUGACCAAUGUGGUCUCAUUUUUCAAGACAAAAGGAUUGACUGCGUUGGUAGAAAAGGCUUCACGGGCAUAUAGAUACACUGAAUUUCAAGAACGUAUCACCGAAAUUUUUGAUAUGAGUCCUGAGCUUGGAAGAUAUCUACGGGAGGCUGAUGUGCGCAAAUGGGCUCGUUCUCUCUUCCCUGGUUCCAGGUAUGACAUUAGGACCACGAACCCUGCAGAGUCUAUAAAUUCAGUUCUUAGAAUACCUAGAGAAUAUCCGGUUAUUCCUUUGCUUGAUAGUAUAAGAGAACUGUUGACUCGAUGGUUCUAUGAGCGUCGCUUGUUAAGCUCAAAGCAUCUAGAUCCUUUAACCGCUAAGGUGGAGAGAAAGAUUGAUAGGAGAAUUGUGAAGGCAAAAGGAUUCCAGGUUUACAAGGUUGACAACUUCAGAUCGGUUGUAAAAGGAGACAUAUAUGAUUGUCAUGUUGAUUUGGAAAGAAGAACAUGCACAUGUGGUAAGUAUGAUAUAGGAAAAAUUCCUUGCCGACACGCCAUUCCUGCAAUUUAUUCACGAGGUAUGGAAGUGCACAGAUUCACUGACGCCUUAUACAGCACUGCAGCGUGGAGAACCGCCUAUGCAGAUUCCAUUAAUCCAAUAGCAGUUGUAGAGUCAGAAUGGAAUGUCCCUGCUGAGGUUAAACUUGCAAAGGUUUUACCACCAAAGACAAGAAAGAGUGCUGGUCGACCAGUAAAGAGAAGGUAUGAAUCAGUAGAAGACAAGAUCGCAUCUUCUCAAGGAUCAAAGAAGAAUAAAAAGCAUAAGUGUAGCCGUUGUGGAACUGAAGGACACAAGAGAGGAACAUGCGAUUUACCCAUCUAGUUUGUUAUGUGUCUGCAUCUGUCUCUGUUUUUUUCUUUAUUGCUUUUGAAACAAUUUGAUCUUCUGUUUAAGAACCUAUUUGACAAUUUGGUAUUUGCUAAACUAUAGAGACAAAUCGAUUUAUUCUA